AUGGCUUAUCCCCAGAGUGAAGCUGAAACCAGACCAUCUGGUCUUGGGUGGAAGAAGCGUAUUCGUCACAUUACCUGGGCAUUUUUCACCCUGACUAUGGCAACGGGAGGCAUCGCAAAUGUUUUGUACUUUGUACCCUAUAGAUUUCGCGGCUUGGAAACCAUUGGAAUCAUCUUCUUUCUAGCCAACUUAUUCCUCUACCUCUUAAUCUGGUGUCUUUUGAUCACACGAUUCUACCUAUACCCUUACACUUUCAAAGCAUCUUUUCUACACCCGACAGAAUCCUUAUUUGUUCCAGCUUCGCUGGUCUCUUUCGGGACGAUCCUGAUCAAUAUCUCACAGUAUGGACCCGACCAUACAGGGCCCUGGCUCACAUAUGCGGUUGGAAUCCUCUUUUGGAUUGACGCAGCCCUGGCAGUCAUCUCUUCUGCCGCUAUCUACCUCAUUCUAUGGUCGACCCAGACAUUUACAAUUGCACAAAUGACACCUAUUUGGAUCUUUCCUGCGUACCCAAUGCUUAUAAUUGGCCCUCAUGCUGGGAUCCUGAGCUCCAAACUUGAGCCUGCUCGCUCUUUGCGAAUCAUAAUCGGUGGUACCACUAUCCAAGGCGUUGGCUUCUUGGUAUCCCUGAUGGUGUACUCGGCGUUUAUUUACCGGCUGAUGUCGCAAAAGCUGCCCCGAGAAAAUGUCCGACCAGGUAUGUUCGUGUCGGUUGGUCCCAGUGCCUUUACUGUGUCUGGGAUUGUCAAUAUGGCCGCCCAUGCCAAAAGAAGCUUCCCGGAGGAUUUCAUGGGCAAUGGUGCAUUAGCUGCAGACAUUGUGAAAGUUGUUGCUAACUUUUCCUGCUUAUGGCUAUGGGGGCUAGCAAUAUUUUUCUUCUUCAUUGCAAGCUUCGCACAUUGGUCUGCCAUUGGACCGGGCCGGAUGGUCUUUUCCAUGGCAUGGUUCUCAUUUGUGUUCCCAAAUACAGCACUGAUAACGGCGACCUUUGCAAUUGGAAAGGCUUUCUCGUGCAAGGCAAUAUCCAUCAUCGGCUGCGCUAUGGUAUUUCCGCUUAUCUUGAUGUAUAUCUUCGUCUUCUAUAUGAUGGUGCGUGCCAUCGUGCAUCGCCAAAUACUCUGGCCUCAGAAGGGCGAAGAUAAAGACGAAGGAGGCUUUGAGGUCAACCGAAUCAAGCCUGAGUCACCAGGUGAAAUUACACCUGUAUGA